AUGCUGGGAUUCGGCACGUGCUCCGUCAGCGCCCCAGCGCCGGGUAGGGCGGCUGAGCUGGAUGCUGCCUCCCCCCGCUAUGUCCUGGCCCUGCCCGAGGAGGAGACGUGGCGCAAGCACCGGCUUGGCCUGAUGCAGACCACCCAGUCCUGCAACCUGCUGGAGCCCGAGAGCCUGGCUGAGGCCCUGGUCUUGCGCGCCGCCAGCUUCGAUGCCCUCUACGAGCCCCAGUCCCGGCAUGCUGAUGCUGGCACGGAGAUGGGCAGCACCUUCGACCUGGGGCUUGGCCAGUAUGUCCCCGUGAGCCCAGAUGUUAUCAAGCGCCGGCGGGGCGGGCUGAUCGAGCAGAGGGACAUUAUCAAGGCGCAUGAGGCGCACAAGAUGCAGAGCACGCCGCAGGCACGGAGGAAAGAGUGGGAGAUGGCUCGCUUUGGGGAGGCGGUGGCCGGCAGGCUGGGCUCCGGAGACGGGGGGUCCGACCAGAACCGGAGCCGGCAAGGACCUCCUGCUCCUGCGGGAGGGACCCCGGGAGCCUUCAAGCAAACCAAAGCGCAGAGAGCCCGGACUAUGGCUCUGUACAACCCCAUCCCCGUCCGGCAGAACUGCUUCACCGUCAACAGAUCGCUCUUCCUCUUUGGGGAAGAGAACAUAGUCAGGAAAUAUGCUAAGAAGCUCAUCGACUGGCCUCCCUUCGAGUACAUGAUCCUGGCGACCAUCAUUGCCAACUGCAUUGUGCUGGCUCUCGAGCAGCACCUCCCUGAGGAUGACAAGACACCCAUGUCACGGAGAUUAGAGAAGACGGAGCCCUACUUCAUCGGGAUUUUCUGCUUUGAGGCUGGGAUUAAGAUCGUGGCUCUGGGGUUUGUUUUCCACAAGGGCUCGUACCUGCGCAAUGGCUGGAAUGUCAUGGACUUCAUCGUGGUCCUCAGUGGCAUCCUUGCCACAGCUGGGACGCACUUCAACACCCACGUGGACCUGCGGACGCUGCGGGCUGUGCGCGUGCUCAGACCUCUGAAGCUUGUCUCGGGCAUUCCCAGCCUGCAGAUUGUGCUGAAAUCCAUCAUGAAGGCCAUGGUGCCUCUCCUCCAGAUUGGCUUGCUGCUCUUUUUCGCUAUCCUCAUGUUUGCCAUCAUCGGCCUGGAGUUUUACAGUGGGAAGCUGCACCGAGCCUGCUACACAAACAAUUCAGGUGAACUAGAGGAGCUGGACCCCCCCCAUCCGUGCGGGGUGCAGGGUUGCCCCCCAGGCUACGAGUGCCGGGAGUGGAUCGGUCCCAACGACGGGAUCACGCAGUUCGACAACAUCCUCUUUGCUGUGUUGACCGUCUUCCAGUGCAUCACCAUGGAAGGGUGGACCACAGUCCUGUACAAUACCAAUGAUGCCUUAGGAGCCACCUGGAACUGGUUGUACUUCAUCCCCCUCAUCAUCAUUGGAUCCUUCUUUGUCCUCAACCUUGUCCUGGGAGUGCUGUCAGGGGAGUUUGCCAAAGAGCGUGAGCGAGUGGAGAACCGCCGAGCCUUCAUGAAGCUGCGGCGCCAGCAGCAGAUUGAGCGGGAGCUCAACGGCUACCGGGCUUGGAUAGACAAAGCAGAGGAAGUCAUGCUGGCUGAAGAGAACAAAAAUGCUGGGACCUCAGCCUUAGAAGUGCUCAGGCGAGCCACCAUCAAAAGGAACCGGACAGAUGCCAUGAACCGUGACUCGAGCGAUGAGCACUGUGUCGAUAUCUCCUCCGUGGGUGAGCGGAGGCUGGCGCAGAGAAGACCUCUUCAUCCAACAUUGGGUAACCCCUUGAGUCACUCUGGCCUCAAAGGCGCCAGAGUGGAUGGUGCCUCCUACUUACGGCACAAGGAGCGACUCCUGCGCAUCUCUGUUCGCCACAUGGUGAAAUCCCAGGUCUUCUACUGGAUCGUCUUGAGCCUGGUGGCUCUCAACACUGCCUGCGUGGCCAUUGUCCAUCACAACCAGCCAGCCUGGCUCACCCACUUCCUCUACUAUGCAGAGUUCCUGUUUCUUGGGCUCUUCCUCCUGGAGAUGUCCUUAAAGAUGUACGGGAUGGGGCCACGCCUUUACUUCCAUUCUUCCUUCAACUGCUUUGACUGUGGGGUCACGGUGGGAAGCAUCUUCGAAGUGGUUUGGGCUAUCUUCAGACCAGGAACCUCUUUUGGGAUCAGUGUCCUACGAGCCCUUCGUCUCCUGCGAAUAUUUAAAAUAACCAAGUACUGGGCAUCCCUGAGGAAUUUGGUGGUCUCGCUGAUGAGCUCCAUGAAGUCUAUUAUCAGCCUGCUCUUCCUCCUUUUCCUCUUCAUUGUAGUCUUUGCCCUCCUGGGAAUGCAGCUGUUUGGAGGCAGGUUUAACUUCAUUGAUGGGACGCCAUCAGCCAACUUUGACACUUUCCCUGCGGCCAUCAUGACGGUGUUCCAGAUCCUGACGGGUGAGGACUGGAACGAGGUGAUGUACAACGGCAUCCGCUCUCAGGGAGGCGUUCGCUCAGGCAUGUGGUCCUCCAUCUAUUUCAUCGUCCUCACCUUGUUUGGAAACUAUACUCUGCUGAACGUGUUCUUGGCUAUUGCGGUGGACAACCUGGCCAACGCUCAGGAGCUCACCAAGGAUGAGCAGGAGGAAGAGGAGGCCUUUAACCAGAAGCACGCCCUUCAGAAAGCCAAAGAAGUCAGCCCCAUGUCCGCCCCAAACAUGCCUGCUAUCGAAAGAGACAGGCGAAGGAGACACCACAUGUCGAUGUGGGAGCCACGCAGCAGCCACCUGUAUGUGGGCCGCGGGGGCCGGCUGCCGGCUGAGGGCCCCGAGCAGCCGACCCCGGGGGCCAAUCCCGGCAGUGGUGAGGACAGGAGGAGCCCGUCGCCUCGGGCCAAGCGAGACAAGGAGCUGUGGCACCAGAAAUCAUGCCAUGGGAACUGUGAGCCGGGUGAGCAGGAUGGGGCAGGAGGCGGCACUGAGGACAGGGCGCGGAUGAGGCAGAGCCAGCGGCGCAGCCGGCACCGCAGAGCCCGGAUGGAGGGGAAGGAGCCAGCCGGCGCUCUGGGGAGCCGCUCGGCCAGCCAGGAGAUGGGUCUGGAGGAGGCCAGCCCCACAGAGGGGGCGCAGGAUGGGGACCAGUGCGGCGAUGCAGCCUCAGCGGAGGCACUGAUUCAGGGGGAGCUGGAGGCGAGCGGAGAGCCCGUCAGGACAAACGGGGUCCCUGCUGGCGAUGCCGAGCUGGUUGGGACCACUGAGGAGGGGAGCCCCCUGCAAGCGGCGCCCGAGCCCCCCCGGCGGAAGACGGGCAGCCUGACGGAGCAGGACUGCAGCAGCCUGGACACCAGCGAGCAAGCGCUGCUGGAGGCCAGCCGCACUGUCAGCCGGAGCGAGCCCGACCUCUCUUCUGUCACCCCCAACACCGAGAAGGCCACAGAGAGCACCACCAUCAUGAUCGAUGUCCACGACUCUGCUGUGGUACAGAUUAGCAACAAGACAGAUGGCGAAGCCAGCCCCUUAAAGGAGGCCGAGGCCAAAGAGGAUGAGGAGGAGAUGGAGAAGAAGAAGCGGAAGAAGGAGAAAAGUGAGACGGGCAAAGCGAUGGUGCCGCACAGCUCCAUGUUCAUCUUCAGCACCACCAACCCGGUGCGGAGGGCUUGCCACUACAUCGUGAACCUGCGCUACUUCGAGAUGUGCAUCCUCCUGGUGAUUGCCGCCAGCAGCAUCGCCCUCGCGGCGGAGGAUCCUGUCCUUACCAACUCCGACCGCAACAAAGUCUUGAGGUAUUUUGACUAUGUCUUCACUGGCGUCUUCACCUUCGAGAUGGUUAUCAAGAUGAUUGAUCAGGGCUUGAUCCUGCAGGAUGGUUCCUACUUCCGAGACCUCUGGAAUAUCCUGGAUUUCAUCGUGGUGGUGGGAGCGCUGGUGGCUUUCGCCUUGGCGAAUGCUUUGGGGACCAACAAGGGCCGGGAUAUCAAGACCAUCAAGUCUCUCCGUGUGCUACGGGUCUUGAGGCCCCUGAAAACCAUCAAGCGACUGCCCAAGCUGAAGGCCGUCUUCGACUGCGUGGUGACUUCCCUCAAGAACGUCUUCAACAUCCUCAUUGUCUACAAGCUCUUCAUGUUCAUCUUUGCUGUCAUUGCCGUCCAGCUCUUCAAGGGGAAGUUUUUCUACUGCACUGACAGCUCUAAGGACACGGAGAAGGACUGCAUAGGGAACUACGUGGACCACGAGAAGAACAAGAUGGAAGUGAAGUGCCGGGAAUGGAAACGCCAUGAGUUUCACUACGACAAUAUCGUCUGGGCUUUGCUCACCCUGUUCACAGUCUCCACCGGCGAGGGUUGGCCCCAGGUGCUGCAGCAUUCGGUGGACGUGACAGAGGAGGAUCGUGGGCCCAGCCGCAGCAACCGCAUGGAGAUGUCCAUUUUUUAUGUCGUCUAUUUUGUGGUCUUCCCUUUCUUCUUUGUCAAUAUUUUCGUGGCUCUCAUCAUCAUUACGUUCCAAGAGCAAGGAGACAAAAUGAUGGAGGAGUGCAGUCUGGAGAAGAAUGAGAGGGCCUGUAUUGACUUUGCCAUCAGUGCCAAGCCCCUCACGCGGUACAUGCCCCAGAACCGGCACACCUUCCAGUACCGGGUCUGGCACUUUGUGGUCUCCCCAUCCUUCGAGUACACCAUCAUGGCCAUGAUAGCGUUGAACACCGUGGUGCUGAUGAUGAAGUACUACUCUGCUCCAUACACCUAUGAGCUGGCCCUGAAGUACCUAAACAUCGCAUUCACCAUGGUGUUCUCCUUGGAGUGCGUCCUCAAGAUCAUUGCUUUUGGCUUCCUGAAUUAUUUCCGGGACACCUGGAACAUCUUUGACUUCAUCACCGUCAUCGGCAGCAUUACAGAGAUCAUCCUGACGGACACCAAGCUGGUGAACACCAGCAGCUUCAACAUGAGCUUCCUGAAGCUCUUCCGGGCUGCUCGGCUCAUCAAGCUGCUGCGCCAGGGUUAUACCAUCCGCAUCCUGCUCUGGACGUUCGUGCAGUCCUUCAAGGCUCUCCCCUACGUCUGCCUUUUGAUAGCCAUGCUUUUCUUCAUCUAUGCGAUCAUUGGGAUGCAGGUUUUCGGCAAUAUCAAACUAGAUGAAGAAAGCCACAUUAACCGGCACAACAACUUCCGCAGCUUCUUGGGCUCCCUCAUGCUCCUCUUCAGGAGUGCCACGGGAGAGGCAUGGCAGGAGAUCAUGCUGUCCUGCCUGGAGGGCAAAGGCUGCGAGCCAGACACAACAGCAACAUCCGGGCAGAACGAGAACGAGCGCUGUGGCACCGACCUGGCCUACGUUUACUUCGUCUCCUUCAUCUUCUUCUGCUCUUUCCUUAUGCUCAACCUGUUUGUGGCGGUCAUCAUGGACAAUUUUGAAUACCUGACUCGGGAUUCCUCCAUCCUGGGACCUCACCAUCUAGAUGAGUUUGUCCGGAUCUGGGCAGAGUAUGACAGAGCAGCGUGUGGCCGAAUCCAUUACACUGAGAUGUAUGAAAUGCUGACUCUUAUGUCACCACCGCUAGGCCUCGGCAAGAGAUGUCCUUCCAAAGUGGCCUAUAAGAGACUGGUGCUGAUGAACAUGCCUGUGGCCGAGGACAUGACGGUCCAUUUUACCUCCACCUUGAUGGCGCUGAUACGCACGGCCUUGGACAUCAAAAUUGCAAAAGGUGGUGCAGAUUGGCAGCAGUUAGACUCUGAGCUUCAAAAGGAGAUCCUGACCAUUUGGCCUCACCUGUCCCAGAAGAUGCUUGACCUGUUGGUACCCAUGCCAAAAACCUCUGACCUGACUGUUGGCAAAAUAUACGCAGCCAUGAUGAUCAUGGAUUACUACAAGCAGAGCAAAGCGAAGAAGCAGCGGCAGCAGCUGGAGGAGCAGAAAAACGCCCCCAUGUUCCAGCGCAUGGAGCCAUCCUCCUUGCCACAGGAAAUCAUCUCGAACGCGAAGGCUCUGCCUUACCUCCAGCAGGACACCCUCUCAGGCCUGAGCAGCCGGAGCGGGUUCCCCUCGCUGAGCCCACUCUCACCACAGGAGAUCUUCCAGCUGGCGUGCAUGGAUCCAGCCCACGGGCAGUUCCAGGAGCACCAGUCUCUGGAGCCAGAGGUUAGGGAGUUUCAAAGAGUGCAGCCCUCUAACCGUGGCAGCUGCCUUCCCGUGGACACUCAGGACCACGCUGUCUCUGGGAGGGCCUCCUCCAUGCCUCGUCUCACUGUGGAUCCCCAGGUGGUGACGGACACCAGCUCAAUGCGGCGAUCGUUUUCCACCAUCCGGGACAAGCGCACCAACAGCUCCUGGCUGGAUGAGUUCUCCAUGGAGCGCAGCAGUGACAACACCUACAAGUCCCGCCGGCGCAGCUACCACUCCUCGCUCCAGCUCUCUGCCCGGCGCCUCAACGCCGACUCGGGCCACCGGUCCGACGGGCAUCGCUCAGGUGGCAGGGAGCGGGGCCGAUCCAAAGAGCGCAAGCACUUGCUGUCCCCUGAUAUCUCCCGCUGCAACUCUGAGGAGAGGAGUCCCCAGGCGCAUGACGAGUCGCCAGAGCGGCGGCGCGAGUCCCGGUCACCCAGCGAGGGCAGGUCGCAGACACCCAACAGGCAGGGAACGGGCUCCCUGAGUGAAAGCUCCAUCCCCUCCAUCUCGGACACCAGCACCCCCCGGCGAGGCCGCCGCCAGCUCCCACCGGUGCCCCCCAAGCCACGUCCCCUCCUCUCCUACGCCUCCAUGCUGCGGCACACCGGAGACGCCUCGCUGCCCGCCGAGGAGAGCGAGGGGGGGUCCCCGCUCCUCUCCACCCUGGAGCCCAACGCUGCUGGCCUGACCGAGUCUUCCAGCUCCCCAGUGGGGAAGCAGAGCCGACAGUCCACCCCGCAACGCUACAUCUCGGAGCCCUACCUGGCCCUGCACGACGACUCGCACGCCUCAGACUGCGGUGAGGAGGAGACACUCACCUUCGAGGCGGCCGUCGCCACCAGCCUCGGCCGCUCCAACACCAUCGGCUCAGCCCCACCGCUGCGGCACAGCUGGCAGAUGCCCAAUGGGCACUACCGGCGGCGGAGGCGAGGGGCAGGGCAGGGUGUGAUGUGCGGGGCCAGCAUCGACGUGCUCAGCGACACCGAGGAAGAUGACAAGUGCUAG